CUGUCAGAGGGAAUUACGUCAGAUGCUUUGCACCUCGACGAGGGAGGUGGGGAAGGAGAACAUUCUCCCAGCGGUUUGUUGAUGGGUUGAACAAGUGCUGCUUGGAGAAAGGGGAAAGGUGAGUUUUUGCGGGGGGGAGCAUUGUUGGCAGGGAAUCUUGGGAAGAACAUCACCUCACCACCACCUCUUGACUCGGUUCAUUAGUCUCGAGCCCACUCUGCUAGAUUCGCGCUCUUUCACGAUGGAAGAUUCGGGGUCCUUCGAUACAGGAGGCGGCUUCGAUAGUAGCACUUCCGAUUUCGGUAGUCACGACCCGGGCGGCGGGCACUUUAGCGGAGGGUAUUCGAGCGGAGGCGGGACCUUGGGUGGUGGCGGCGGCGAACACGCCGCGUUUGGCGGAGGCGAUAUUUUUAGCGGCGGUUUUUUUUCGGGUGGUGCAUCAAUGAACCAACGCCAAGUCGAAGACGACGCGGGUCGCACUGACGCUGGCGCGUUCGACGUUCCGCCAACCGCCGCAGGCGGCGGCAGCGGCGGCGGCAGUGGCGGAGGCGGAGGCGGAGAUUCGUCCUGGCUUCCGCCAAUCGCGGCGGGCUUGGGCGGGUUUGCUCUGGGGCGCAUGACGGCGGGCGGAGGCGGUCCCUGGGGAGGCGGAAGCGGCUCGCACGGGGAUGCCAGCUGUCACCGUAGCGAGUACGGGGAUGCACAUCGCUGCCACCCCCACCAUCCCCAUCACCCCCAUCACCCACACCACCCGCACCACCCCCACCAUCCCCAUCACCAUCACGACGACGACGCGUGUCCUGCCGUCGACCCAUGCCUCCACCCUGAUUCCGGUGGCUAUUUCCCGCCGCCACCGGGCUACAGCCCUUCUCGUCUUCCGUCCCACCCUUUACGCCCCCCCAGCGCGCCGCCCGCGCAUGCCUCCGUCCCGCCCGCCCAGUCCGCGGGGGGCGCGAGGCGGUGGCCGCCACACCCGGCGGUGGAGCACUCGGGGCGGUUUCCGGCGGCGAGAUACCAGCGGCCGUGGCCGCCCGUGUGGGUGAUCGUGAUGAAAUGGCUGCCGUGGGUCGCCGUUGCUCUGGCGGUGUGGCUGUUCGCGGUGGGCAAUGCGCCUGUCGCUGUGGACCUGCAUCCGCACGAGCACCACCUGCUCACCGCCUACUCGCCCCUCGUUGCCGGCAUUCAGGUGUCGCCUCUCGCGCCGAUGCCGGCCCCCCCGCCUAUGCUGGUGACAUUCGCGCACUACCCGCCCAUCGUGAACGAGCACUGGGACACGGGCCGCAGGAACGUGCGCGUGGAGCCCUACUCCUACCGGAGCUGGCUGAUCUACUUGAACAAGUGGUCGCAGGUGGUGAUGGCGUGCUCCACCAUCCACGCCCCCCCCGGCCUCACACUGCAGUUGCUCGUCAUCGAAGGUCGGAGUCGCAUGGAGGAGUACAAGCACAACCCCAUGGCGUUCACUGGAGCACUGAGGAAAUACAUCAUGACAGGUGACGAUUCGUGGACGUUCCAGGUGCCGAGGGACGGCGACUACUACUUUGUUCUCAGCAACUACUACACCUACCCCGCUACCGUGGAUGUUCACUUCGCAGUGACCAGUGUACUCUUCGACAUCAGCAAGGGCAAGAAGGCUUGCAAAAUCAAGGGCAAGCCGGCUGCUACCCGUGGCUAUGGCGCUACUACUUAUGGCCCGUGGAACGGCGCCUGGAGUGGCGCUGGGAAUGGCACUGAAACUGGCUCUUUGGCGGCUGCUCUUGGUGUUGUGGAUGGGCCGAGUGGCGUGAAUGGAGCGUAUGGCAUGGGUGGAAGGAGACUAAUGGAUGGUGGGAAUGGCGGCGGCGGGCUCGUGAAUGUGUCAGCGGUUGCUGUUCUCCGCAGCACGGCUGCUGCUGGCCACGAUACUGCUCAUCUGGCGACUGGAGAUGGCGGUAGUGAGGCUUAUAACGAGAAAAACGAUAAUAACAGUGAUGAUGACGAUGACGAUGACGAGGAUAGUGAUGGCGAUGUGUGUGGUGCCAAGACGCCACUGUGGAAGAUCCGAUACAUUGUUCUCGCUGCACCCAAGACAAGCAACCCCACCAGCACAUGGCAUCUGCAAGUGGGCUACCAGCCGCGAUGGCUCACGUACCUUGCUCUCAUUGUCAUCCCCUGGCUGCUGUCCCUCAUCGCACUCUCCAUCUACCGCUGCCAGCUGUACCUGCAGCACCGCUCUGACUCCAUGCGCGUUCCCCCCUCCCUCUCCUCCAUCUCCACCGACCCUCUCACUCUCCCCUCCUCCUCCCCCUCGGAGCACCACCCGCUUCUCUCCUCUGCGGAGUCUCACCAGCUGUACACACCACCUGACCCAGCCACAGCAGCAGCAGCAGCAGCUGCUGCUCCUGCUGCACCGAUUCCUGACACAUGGGGGGUGACGAGCGACAGUGACAGGCUGGCCGGAUCUAGCGCCCCCUCAGCCCCUCCCUUGGAGAGCCCUUCAGGCAAGGCAGCGCCGGGGAUGGGGAAUGCAGAGCAGAGGAGUGAGGAGGCGGGAGGGUCCAGUGCAUCGGCAGCCUCAGGCGGAGGGAGAGGAGGGGAGGGCGAGGACAUGAACUGCUGUGUGUGCAUGGAGAACCCGAGGAAUGCGGUGAUCUUGGACUGUGGGCAUCGUGCCACGUGCUACUCGUGCGGGCAGGAGCUCAUGCGCAUGGCGAACAAGCGCUGCCCCAUCUGCCGCAGGGAGGUGCGCGACAUCACGAGGAUAUACGACCCUUGAGGUCUGCAUGUCGGGUUGAUGCUGCCAUCUCGAGUCUGCAUGUCUGGACUGCGGGUGAUUUUGAUAGUGGAUCUUACUGAUGCCUGUUCUUGUUGUGCGACACUGAUAGCAGGCAUGGAUUUGUCAGUCUUAUCUCACGUCAUGGAUCAGGCCUGCCAUUUGAGAACUUUGAACGGGAGAGGUGCUGGAACCAAGAGGUGUAUUGUUGCAUAUGAAUUUGUCAAGUUCUCCCAAAAUAUUUGCUAUGGUUACUUGUUGUGAAUGAAGUUACUUUCUGUUUGCUGUGAACAUUUGAUAAAUUGCUAGACAUCGUUAGUGUGAUUUGUUGAG